AUGGGCUUUCUGCUUUCAACUUGGGAAUUUCAAUGUCUCGUGUCUGCGGUAGCCGCCUCAAGGCUCCAGGGUGGUGAAGCAAGCAUUCCAGACGCGUCACCGUCUCCGGCACGCCCGACAGUUUUCUGCGCCAUCGUGCUGGCACACUCACAAGACGUGGGUGGGCGAGUUUGUGUGUGCUCUGUCACUGCUCUUCGUCGACUGCCUCCACUCUCCUCUUCACUCCCCUAA